AUGUCUGAGGAGCACGCGUUCGACACCCAAGCCGGUGGUGAUGCCGGUGCCUCUGAAUACUACCCCAUGCAGUGCUCUGCCCUGCGGAAGAACGGCCACGUUCUUAUCAAAAACCGCCCGUGCAAGAUCGUUGAUAUGUCGACCUCCAAAACCGGCAAGCACGGCCACGCCAAGGUCCACCUUACCGCCAUCGACAUCUUCACUGGCAAGAAACUUGAGGAUCUGUCCCCUUCGACCCACAACAUGAACGUCCCUCACGUCAAGCGCAACGAGUACCAACUGAUUGACAUCGAUGAUGGUUUCCUCAACUUGUAUUCUGACGCCGGCGAAAAGAAUGAUGUGAAGUUGCCGGACGGUGAGCUUGGCACCAAGAUCCAAGAGUUGUUUGACGCGGGAGACAAGAAUUACAUCAUUACCGUUGUGAGCGCUAUGAAGGAGGAGCAAGCUAUGGAUAUCAAGGAGGACACCAGCAGCAAAUAA